AACAUAAUCGUAAAAAAGUGACACACACGCCAUAAUGUAAAUUGCUUCUAGAUUUGGCGUUUGAGUUAAAAAAUCUACAUUUUGAUGCUAAAAAUUCGUUUAAAAUGUAUACAAACGACAUCUAAAAUGUCCCUAGUAAAUAUUGGUAAGAAGCAAGUUCAAACGAUUUUCUUACUAGGUGUGAAAUCUUCGCCUUGAAUACUAUUUAGGCUAAGUGUUUGCAAUGGCUCAGUUUUACCAGAUAGUUGGACAAGGGCAAUCAUUCACAUUAGAGGAUCUUCAAAGAUACUGUCCAAACAUAUGCUUGGAUGGAAUUAUAGUUAACCAAGAUGAACAACAAUAUGCUCAACAGCAGGUUGUGGUACAACAAGCCGACCAGCCUAAUGAUAUCAUAGUGAGUGAAGGAGUGCAACAACAGCUUGUUGUUGGUGAUGGCUUGCAAUAUCAACAACAAUACAUCAUCAGGCAUGAGCCCCCGCCUCCACCUCCUCCGAGACCUGAGUUUCAACAACAACAACAGCAACAGCAGCAGAACCAACAACAACAUCAACAACAACAGGCCCUACAUAGACAUCAAGUUUACUACACAUCCGAUUUACCUGUGGAUGCUCAGGUUGUGUUGCAACAGGCUCAACAGAUCAUUGACGCAUCUUUGAUGCAACAGUCAUCUCCACAGCGCCCUCAACAUCAGUUGGUGACGCCGGCGCAUGUUCUGUCGCAGCCCACCGUCAUCCACCCGGCGCAGCAGCCCCCGCCGCAGCCGCCACCUCCGCCCCCGCCGCCCCCGCAACAUGCCCCGCAGCAAACCCAGCAACAACAGCAGCAGCAGCUCUCGCGGGCGUCGCCGCAGCUCAUCCAGCACCUGCAGCAGCAGCACCAGCAGCAGAUCCACUUGCAGCAGCUGCAGCAGCAGCAGCAACAGCUGCAGCACCAGCUGCAGCAGCAGCACAUGCAGCCGCAGCAGAUACCGCACCAGCAGGUGGUGAUGCAUGCGGCCUACAUCAACCAGGCUGUGAGUAUACUUCAUCACAUUAGCAGCAACAACAACAGCAGCAGCAGCUCUCUCAGGCGUCGCUGCAGUUCAUCCAGCACCUGCAGCAACAGAUCCACUUGCAGCAACAGCUGCAGCAGCAGCACAUGCAGCCGCAGCAGAUACCGCACCAGCAGGUGGUGA